CACUGAGAGAAAUCGAGGAGAGCCUACCCACUGUGGAUACUGUACUUUAGUAGUUUGAUAACUAUCGAGACUGACUAGGAGGAGUAAUGGAUCAAGGAGAAUCUGAAACAACAUUCCAUCUAGAAAAUUCUUCACUUUCCCCUGCUGCAAUGUUCAACUCAUCAGACUGGCAUAUUCUUUAUGCUAUUGUACCACCAUACAUAUUUAUUGUAUCUUUGGCAGGGAUUCUGGGCAAUGUUUUUGUACUGUUGGUGUUCUUUCUCCAGAGGGGUAAAUGGAACGUGCCUGAGAUCUACCUGGGCAACCUUGCACUAGCUGACUUGAUCCUGCUGACCUGUUUACCAUUUUGGGCUAUGAACAUUCUCAAUUACUUCUACUGGUCAUACGGAGAGUUUCUCUGUAAGGCUGUUAACCUUUCCAUUAUUGUCAACAUGUAUGCUAGUAUUUACAUGCUGGUGAUGGUGAACAUAGACCGAUACCUUGCUUUAGUGCUGAUUAUGAAAGCAAGAUGGCUGCGGAGGAGACGAAAUGCAAAGGCCAUUUGUUUUUGUCUCUGGCUUUUUGGACUGAUCAUGGGCAUACCCACUGCAACUUUCAGAACAGUACAGUAUGACCCAGAUUUUCAGAUUGCAGCCUGCAUUAUUCAUUACCCAUCUGACUCCUGGAAACUUGCCCAUUAUCUUCAACUGAACCUGUUGGGCUUUGCCCUUCCACUUCUUGCAAUUGUUUACUGUAGUGGUAAUAUUCUGUGUGUUCUUCACAAAAGAAGGAAUGGUGUUUACCCUCAGGACAGAAAUGACAGGAAGGCCACGGUGCUGGUGUCUGCUGUUACCCUGUUUUUCUUUAUUUGUUGGGUUCCAUUCCAUAUUUUUACCUUCCUGGAUACACUUUGUAACCUUAAUCUUCUGGAUAUGGAUAGCUGGAAUCAUGUCUUAGAUAUAGGAUCCCAAUACACCACAUACUUUGCAUUUCUGAACAGCUGUCUUAAUCCACUGCUUUAUGUUUGCAGUGGCCGCUACUUUAAGAGGAAAAUCAGUGAUAUCUAUAAAAGAAGAAAGAGUUCUACUGGGUCUGUGGUGACCACAUUACAAUGCUCAAUUAUAUCAACAUACAAGGAAUGAUCAAAUAAAAACAGUUUGUCGUAGAUUUGUAACAAAAAAAUGUGCACAUAUUGUGUGGGGGUGGGUUGUGUGUA